UCUGCCGUUGGCAUCAUAACCUAUUCGUGUAUUACGAUUUUCAGUUUUGUCGAAAAAUUACAAAAAGUUUUAUCAUCGUUCAUGAUCAGAUAGUGAGAUUUGCGUGUGUAUGCAAUAAAAAGCAUAAAUAAUGGCACCCACAGCGAAGAAAUCAUUAAAUGAUACAGAUUCUGGCUCUGACUCUGAUAGUGGCUCAAGUGCGAGCCGCAGUAAGAGCCCUAGUCCUGCCCCGUCGGGAAAAGAGGGCAGUCAAUCCAGAUCAGUAUCUCGCAGUCCAGGAAAGUCCGGAAGUGAAUCACCAAAGUCCAACAGAUCUGCUCGCUCUAGAAGAUCAUCCAAUGCUUCCAAUGCAUCCCGAAGCAAGUCUAACUCACCAGCUCACUCAAACAGGUCGCGCUCUGGUUCUGCUCAUAGCAACAAGUCUGGAUCAUCAAGUCCUAAGUCCAAUGCCUCAGGUAGUCCUAAACAAAGAGUGUCUAGGUCCAGAAGUGGAUCUAGGAGGUCUCGCUCAGGAUCAGGUAGUGCUAGGUCUCGAUCUGGUACACCUAAGAGCCGUUCAGCAAGUCCAAAAUCUGGCCCUCGCAGCCCAAAAUCUAGGUCUCAAAGUCCAAAAUCUGGAUCUCAAUCCCCUAAGUCCAGGUCGCAGAGCCCAAAAUCCAGAUCUCAAAGUCCUAAAUCUCGUUCGGCUAGUCCAAAGUCAGGAGGGGCUAAAAGUAGGUCAAGAUCAAAGUCAGCGAGUGCAAGUCCAAAAAGUCGGAAGUCAAGAUCGAGGUCGGGAAGUGCAUCGUCGAGGUCUAAAAGCCCAGUAGCAAGACCUACUGAUCAAGACAGCAGGUCAAACUCUCCAAAUCUCAUGAUAGACGAUGAACAAGCAAAGGACAAGUCAAAAAGCCGCUCAAGGUCUGGUUCAAGACAGUCUCGCAGCAAAUCAAAGUCUAAGUCCAAAAGUCGUUCUAGAUCUCGAUCAAAGAGCUCAGAAGCUGAAAUUGGUGACAAAAAGAAGCGCGCUGUUUUAUCGGACUCUGAGAGUGAUGGAGCUGCGAAAGAUGCGCCUAAGCGCAAGAAGGCAGGCUCCGACAGCGGCUCGGAGACCAGUGAUAAGCCCAAGAAGAAGUCCAAGAAGAUUGUGGAUUCUGAUGACGAUGAGGAGAAGAAAGAUGAUGGUGUGACAGCCGACGCGCUAUUCGGUGACGCGUCAGACAUCAGUACAGAAGACGAGGGGGGCGCGGACAAGGGCUCGGAGCGGUCUCGCUCCCGCUCCCGCUCUCGUUCGCGCUCUCGUUCUCGCUCCCGCAGUCAGGAAGCACGCCGGUCGGGAGACGAGGCCAGGCAUAGCGGGGAAGAGCAAGAGCCACGAGAGAAACCGGAAGAAGAGGAAGAAGUGGAGAUCCCAGAGACCCGUAUCGAUGUGGACAUGCCCAAGAUAUGGACGGAGCUUGGCAAGGAACUGCACUUUGUGAAGCUGCCUAACUUCUUAUCAGUAGAGACGCGGCCGUACGACCCCAGUACCUAUGAGGAUGAGAUCGAUGAGGAAGAGACCUUGGACGAAGAAGGUCGCGCUAGGUUAAAAUUGAAAGUGGAGAAUACGAUGCGCUGGCGCACAGUCUUCGACAAAGAAGGCAACGCCGUCAAGGAGUCGAACGCGCGCAUGGUGAAGUGGUCCGACGGGAGCAUGUCACUACACUUGGGAUCAGAAAUAUUCGAUGUCUACAAACAACCGUUACACGGCGACCACAACCACCUGUUCGUACGUCAAGGCACAGGUCUGCAGGGCCAGGCAGUGUUCCGCACCAAGCUGUCCUUCAGGCCGCACUCGACAGAGUCCUUCACUCACAGGAAGAUGACGCUCUCGCUCGCCGACCGCUCUACCAAGACCUCAGCUAUCAAGAUACUGUCGCAAGUCGGCGCUGAUCCCGAUGCUGAUAGGAAGUAUCAGCUUAAGAAAGAGGAGAUGGAGCUCCGCGCGGCGAUGCGGUCGCGCGUGUCGGUGCGCAGCAAGCGGCGCGGGGCGGGCGCGCGCGCCGCCCGGGACGACUCCGACGACGAGGGCGGCGUGUCGCUCGCCGCCAUCAAGAACAAGUACAAGCAGGGGCAGAAAGCAUCAGCCGGCGCAGCGAUCUACUCGUCAGAAUCCGAGGGUUCUGAUGUGGAGACACGUCGAGCUCGGCGCCUGGACCGCGCAAAGGCGCUCAAGGACUCCGACUCUGAUGGGAGCGACGCGCAAGAGAAGACGCCCCGACACAGCAGCGCCAGUGAUAAUAACAGCGCCAGCGGUAGCGAGUAGACUGACACCAGGGUACAACAACAUCAUCGAAAUCCUAGCCGUCCCGCUAUGUUUUGGACGGCAGAAACAGACCUCUUCCCAUACACGGAAUGUUGUGACCACUGAUGAUGCUAUCUCACUGUGGAUCAGCGAUUUCAUCCAAUAUUUGGAAUCCAAGAGGUCUUAUUCCAGUCUAACCGGAUGCAGAUAAGUACCAGUAUUUUACAAGGAGCGGCUGCCUACCUUACGUCCUCAACUCUCAACCCGGGCACCUGGACAACACUAUACCACUUAGUCAGACUGGUUGUCAAACGAAACACGAAGAUUGACUCCUAAAACAACACUGAGCCAAAA